GAAUGUUUUUUUUUCUCUCAGAAAUCAGUGGCUUGACCAAGGGGGGAGAUGCGGGUUUCAAAGGCUGAAAAUUCGAUUUAAAAUAUACAAAAAUUCGAAAAAGUUUUGCUAUUUGGUUCGCUUAAGCAAUAGUUUUACAUUUUACCUUCAUUUCCAUGAAAUUCCUUAAGAUUUCAACUUUCUUAUAAAAUGUUGCUUUGUUAUUCCCUUUGGACAAAUUCUAGCAAUGGUACGACGCUGUCAAAAAUCAUCCAAUUUUGAGGAUCCAUUGUUUAUUCACUCGGAGCAAACUUUUUUUUACCAAUUUUUUAUCAAAGAUAAUUCACACAAAUUGAACAUUUUAUGAGAUUGUAGGAAAACUUUUGAGGAUAUGGUUUAAAUUCAAUCAUUAAAAAUAAUAGAUAUUUAAAAUGUAAAAUAAGUAUGUACUUAGAUAGUGCUUAACUUAUACAACUUAGUGUAGGUAAAUGAAAUAUCUAGUCACAGUCACGUGCACUUUUGUGCGAAAGAUUGGGAGCUGACUUGUCAGCUUUAUGUUUACUUUAUGACUAGGACUACCCAUAAAGUAAUGCAACAUAGCCACAAACGAUCGCAAAUUUAUCGCUGUGUUUGUUCAUUCAAGUGACGUAAAAAUCGUGUAGGUAAGAAAAUUAUUCACUGAAAAUUCAAACGUAGAACGAUACGACGAAACUGAUAUUAGACCUAUAAUUCGCAGUCUGCGAUUUCGUAUCAUAUUGCUCACCGAUUAUUCUGCUUUGAAGAAAAACGUGAUCGAAAACUUUAACGUAACACUGCGAUGAAAAUGUGAUAUCAAUUUGCAUUCUGCUACAUAUUUUGUGUUCAUAUGAAUACCUACUCGCAGACUUUACUACGCCGAAUGAGGAUAAACUACAUAUCUAGUCGAUCCACUUCGUACUUAUACUUAGGUACCUAUCUAGUUCUUUUGAUUCAUCUAAGUGACGAAAAAUCGCGUAAAAAACCAUCGACUGACUUCAAAUUCAACGAUCGAAGCGCAGCGAUGAACCCCAUGUUAAUUUGCAUCCUGCUAUUUACCAUCAAUACUCGUAGAGUUUAUUGCGCCGAAGAAACAAGAAACGUAUCCGAUUCGGGGCCAUCAUCCUCGACAGCAGGUUCACCAUCCCAACAAACUAACUCCGAAACUAAUAAAGCGAAGGAAUCCGAAAUUGUAUCCGAAGAACCUCAGCCACAACCAACUAAGCCCAAACCCAAAGGUCCUUUUCCAGCAUUGGAACUGAUAAUAAAUGGAAAUAAAAAAUUCGAAGCAAGAAAACCAUUUUAUUUUUGCCCAGCAGAAACACCCGAACAAGUAGCAACAACUAGAUUAGAAAAAUUCAAAUUUUGUUUAUUUGAAAAAGAGGAAAAUAAAAUAAAACCAGAUCCGAAAGGUAUCCAGUGUGAACACGACCCGAAACCGAAACUCUGGGGUUUUUCAGAUGACGGAGUAAAAUGCGGUAAAGAUGAUAAGGGUGUGCUGUACACUUACAUUUAUGAGAUAUGUUGGAAAUCUAAAUCUUUUUAUCUGAAACUUCCUAUAAUUAGAUCAAGAGACGACCUUUUUCCAAAAAUAAAGCGAGAUUUUGCCGAAGUAUACACAGUAUGUUGGCGAUCAUCUGAUAAAGAGACCAUGUACGUGAGGUAUCCUCUGAAACCGGUACAUGCAGACCUUCCUGAACCCUCUACUGAGUCUCAGCAAAAACAACCAGAUGAUCCACAACCUUCUCAAUCCGCCGUCGAGUCUCAUCAAAUACAAUCCGAUGAUCUAGAUCUACAAUCGACAGACGAAGAUUUGCCGGAGAAUUUCUUGGAUUAUUUUAAAAUAGUACAGUUAAAAACCAAAGGAUUUAUUAAUUUGGAUUUUCAACAAGAAAAGGAAUUUUUUAAUACGAAAAAACAAUCAAAAAUUCUGAAAGAAAUGUUUGGAGAUGAUUUCGACGAAUACCUAUUUCCUCAAAUGUUAGUUUCUUCAAUUCAUGUGAAUCCAGAAAUCGCUAAAACGUCAGUUUACAAUUAUUUAAAUGUUAGACCACAAUGGUCCAGCAUUUAUGCCCGGUGGAAUAAACUGGAAGAGCAUAUAAGAGCAGUGAAACUGAAAAGUACAAGAUAUCUGUAUGUUUACUCCGGAACAAAUGGUACAUUAAUCCGGAAUGAAAAAGAACUGAACUUGAAAUUUGGUAAAUCCAUAACGUUAAGCGUACCAGCUGUUUGGUGGAAACUGAUAAUGGACGACGAAUACCAAGAAGGAAUUGUUUUAGCCAUGCAGAACGAACCGAAAAAAUUUCCGAAUUUAGGCGAGCUUUUAUGCACCGAAAGUAUUUGCAAUUCUCAGGGAUGGGAAGAGAUCGAUGGAAUCGCGUACUGCUGCAAGUUCGAUGACACAAUGCGAACCAAAUUAGGCUUAGAUAAAGAAGAUAUCUUGAUAACGGAAGUUUUCAAUCCGCAAGUUCCAGUUGGAAGCAGACCUAAACCUAAGCCUAGACCUAAACCUAAGAAAAAUAGAGUACGAUUAUUCAAGGAUUGGCUAAAGAAGACAUUCAAAAGUAAUUCUUUGUAUUAAGUGGCAGGUGGGAUGGGAAGUUGUCCAUAUGUUUAAUGAUUCACCUACUUCUGAGUGUUCUAAUGUAUCUCAUUUUUUCUAUUCGCGAUAAUAAAAUUUUAAAAAUCA